ACCUUGAACACAAGUAUAGAUAUUUAUCAGUCUCUAUAUACACUUUGCAGUUUAGCGUGCAUUUAUACCCAGUGUGGUUAAGGGAAGAGGAAAGUUGUUUUAUUCGUGUUUGACUCUCAGUAAUCUAUACUAAAGCGGGAAAUAAUCUGUCUAAUAGUAUGACCAUCAACAAUAACUUUGAUAAGUUUAUAAUCACUAUAAUUAUUUUGAUUAUCUUAAAUUACAACAUUUUUGUUUGCCAUCUUUGUCAUAAAUUAAUUCACAUAGGUCAAAGUUGAAGAGAAUUAAUCAACCAUUGACAAAAUUAGGAAGAUACAAUAUGAUUUUCAUAUAAGCCAAAAGCAUAAAGAGAUCCAACUAAAGCUUUUUCGAGCAUAUGAUUCACUAAACUUGCAUUUUAAAAUUACAUGCAUUAUUUAAACUAUGAUUCUAGGCAUAAUGUACAAUUUGGGUACAUGUGAUUGAUUGUGAAGGUUAUUCCAUGGUAGGUAUGACAAUAAAUGUCAUUCUGACAAAUGUCGGUGAUCCUCUCAUCUUAAUCAUAAUAUUUAUCUCAUAACAUAAUGGUAAAAACUAUCUAUUUUUACUUUAUUUGUACAUCUAUUAGCUAAAUAUUUGUUAAUUAAUGGAUAACCAAAUUCACAAAUGAAAGCCCUUCUCAUUUGUAAAUACCUUAUUGUUGAUGAAUCUACAAAUUUGGGAAUUAUUGACUACAUGUCAAGGUGAAAUUCGUGUAAUUUGGAUCUAUGUAUUUUGUUGUGUGUUAUAAGUCAGGAGUUUCAAAAAAUAAAAUGGUUUUACAAUCAAAUUUUUUUUUAUAAUAAAAGUGAUGCAUAUGCAUCACAUUCAGCUAGAAAGCUCUCAUGAACGAACUUGCUGCAAUUUGGAAGGAUGAAGAGCUCUUUUGGAGCCAAAGAUCUGGAGUCGAUUGGCUCCAACAUGGAGACCAAAAUACCAAAUUUUUCCAUGCCUCCACCAUCUUCCGGAAACAAAGGAACAAGAUUUCUUCUCUUAAGGAUGAUGCUGACAAUAUCUUAUCGAGUCCGGAUGAGCUUUCAAACCACAUUACUGAUUUCUACCAAGCUCUGUUUACCAAAGAUAAUCAUUUUGAUGGCUCGACACUCCAAGAGUUCCCAAGAAUUGUCACUGAUGAAAAGAAUAUGGACCUUUGCAAAGAUCCAACUCUUGAGGAGAUUAGAGAUGCUGUGUUUGAUCUGGGACCCACGAAAUCACCAGGACCAGAUGGUUUUGCAGGAUUAUUCUUCAGGAAAUACUGGACAAAAAUCGGGCCUGAUUUCUGUAAGGAAAUCCUUGAGUUUUUUCGAACAGCAGUGAUGCCACAGGGAUGGAAUGAUACUCACAUUGCUCUUAUCCCUAAAGUUCAAACCCCUGAUCGGAUUACUCAGUUUAGACCUAUAAGCUGUUGUAAUUUCCGAUACAAGAUUAUUUCAAAAAUCUUGUCAAGUCGGAUGAAGAAAUGGUUGCCUAUGCUGGUUUCUGAGAUGCAAGCGGCAUUCACAGGUGGACGACUCAUACAAGACAACAUUAUUAUUGUCCACGAAAUCCUUCACAAUUUCAAGAAUCGGCGGAAUGGUGACUGGGAUAUGAUGAUUAAAUUGGAUAUGCGCAAGGCCUAUGACUUGGUUGAUUGGGAAUGUCUUGAUUUGAUCCUCAAAGCUUAUGGUUUCUCUGAUCAGUGGCUGAGAUGGAUCAACUCUUGUGUUAGCACAGUCAAUUUCUCGAUACUUCUGAAUGGGAGCCCAACGGAGCCUUUCACUCCUACUAGGGGAAUAAGGCAAGGGGAUCCAAUCUCUCCGUUCCUCUUCAUCUUAAUGUCUAAUGCCUUAUAUUUCCUCAUCGACAGAGGGGUUUCCAGAGGUGACAUUAGAGGAAUUAAGCUCAAUCAAGAUUGCCCUCGUAUUUCACAUUGCCUCUUCGCAGACGAUACCGUUAUCUUUGGGAAGGCUAGUGUGAAUGAAGCCGAACAAAUUCAGAAAAUCUUACAUAACUAUGGAAAGAUCACAGGACAAGAGGUCAAUCCUUCGAAGUCAUCAAUCUUUUUCAGUAAGAACACUCCCAAUGCUUUAAGAUCCCUAGUGGCAAGCAAGUUUGGUUUCCCGCCUUCUAUCUGUCAUGAUAAAUAUCUUGGUGUUCCUACGGAGUGGGGGAGGUCAAAAAAAGAAACCUUUUUGUUUCUGCUAGAAAGAAUGGAGAAAAUUGGAGAAUCAUGGAAGAGCCUCCUCCUUUCCCCGGGUGGUAAGGAAGUACUGUUGAAGGCUGUUAUUCAGGCUAUUCCGGCUUACAUUAUGAGUAUUUUCUUCCUCCCUCGAUCCUUGACAAACAAGAUGGAUUCUAUUCUUAAGCGCUUCUUCUGGUCGGGCUCUAUGAAAAAGCAAUCCAUUCAUUGGUGUGAUGCGAGAGUUCUGGAAAAGCCAAAAGAGGAGGGAGGCUUGGGUUUUAAAAAUUUCCACCUUAUGAAUGUGGCAUUGAUCGGUAAACAAAUUUGGAGGAUGUUGGAUAACCCGGAAGCUUUGUGGGUCAAGCUCUUAAAGGGACUUUACUUUGCUAAUGGGGACCUUUACUCAGCUAAGAAGGGUAGAAACGGAUCAUGGAUUUGGAACGGAUUUUGUGAUGUGAAGGAUAAGAUGAAGAUUGGAUUGAUUAAAGGGAUUAUGUCUGGUGAGGGAACCAAUUUCCAUAAGGAUCCAUGGGUACCUUCUAUUCCCAACUUUUCGCUAUCCAACCUGCAGCUGGAACCAUCUCAGGUCAGCGAUUGGAUUGUUGCCUCUUCUCGAAGUUGGAAUUCCGAUGCUAUUCGAGCAGAGGUCACUGAAGAGGUGGCUCAGGCUAUUAUGAGAGUUCCAAUUGGUCCCCCGGAGGCGGAGGAUAAGUGGAUAUGGAGGUACACCGAGUCUGGCUCCUACACUGUGAGAUCAGCCUAUAGAGCCUUUCGGGAAGCGAGGGACAGAAGUAUUCAUCCUGUCAAUGAUGAUGGAGCUCGACCUAAUAGACAGGAUUGGAGGUGGUUAUGGUCACUUUCACUUCCUCCCAAGCUCCGAUUCUUCAUUUGGAAAAGCUCGAAGAAUGCUCUUGCAACUCGAGCACGCCUUUUCUCGCGCGAGUGUGCUCCAGCCUCCACCUGCCCUUUAUGCAAUUAUCAGGAUGAGACUGUUCUCCGUUGUUUUUUUCAUUGUCAGCAUGCUCAUAACACAUGGUUACUCUGUGGAUUACUGACAAUCUUUCCUGAUCCUUAUAUGUCCUUUGCAGAGUGGUUCUUUAGCCUCAAGGAUCAAAUGCCGGAUGAGCAGAUUGCCCGCCUUGUCUGCUGUUUAUGGAGUAUUUGGAAGGCUCGAAAUGGUUUCAUCUUUGAGAGCAGGGCUAUUUCCCCAGCCACCACGGCAACUUUAGCUAAUCGUGAAUUCAUGAACAUCAACGAAGCUCGAGAGACAACCUCACUGUCCUCGAUCCUGAGAUCAGCUAGUUGUCAUUCUCAGCCUAGGGGAUCCCGUCGAAACCCCUCACCACCGCCUGGCCCUUUUGAACGAAUUGUGCACUGUGACGGCUCCUUUGUUUCGGAAUCUCAGUUGGCGGCUUGUGGGAUUACCAUUGCUGAUGCCCACGGUCAGGUGAUUGACGGCAAGGCUGAGAGGUUCUAUUGUUCCUACCCGAUUCAGGCAGAAGCAUUUGCUAUUCUGGGUGCUGUGGUGUUGGCGGCCCAAGUGUCAUGUCCGACGUGUAUCAAAAGCGACUGCCAACGUUUGAUUGUGGCUCUUAUUCAAGACCCCUGCGAUUGGCCUUGGCAAUGUCGUGCGACCCUGGCCCGGAUUGUGUCUCUUCUUCAGGGGGCUCCUUGGAUCAAGUUGUCCUUCGUUCCUCGGCGAUUUAAUUCUCUUGCGGAUUGGGUUGCUAGGAAUGCCCGACUUGAUCUCUUACCACAGGAUUGGAUUGUCAUUGCAAAUUUGAUUUCGCCCUUGUUGUAGCCUUUUGUUUCUGCUUGUCUGGUUUGGUAUAAUAGAAGAUGUUCCAUUGUCAAAAAAAAAAAAAUUCUCUAAUGAGAGUCAAAGCUGAAACCCAACCACCAAUCAAUACUAAAAUAUUGCAAGAGCUCGAUGAAUCGGUGCGACGAAUAGAGAGAAUGUACAUAUCAGUUGCAAUCUAAAUACUCAUUUAACAAUAAAAUGCUUACUUUUUUGCUAAUACGUAGAGAAAUUUACAUUCCAUCCAAUGCAAAGUUGUUAAAGUGAGGAACGCGAGAGGUGUUAUGCUUAAUGCGAACACUGUCCACAAAAUGGUGAAGAAGACUUCCACGAGUACUUUUGUGGGAUUUGUACGACAACAUCGAAGCCGACAUCAACUAGGUAACAAUCUAACUCGACGAUUCCAUUCAUCUUAACUUCAAAUUCAUUCAUUCAUUCAUUUACAGGGGAAAACAUCAUACUUAGCAAAUCUCGACGAUUCCAUUCAUCUCAACCUACUACCAUCCAUCAUUCAUCCACCAACCGUUAGUUACUAUUUAAUUUCUUGGGUUCUUUUUUUAUAUAUUUUAAAUUAUGUAAAAUAUCAACAAAAAAAAUUGACCAGACAAAGUGAGUAAAUUGCAAGGAAAAGAAAAAGGGCAUCCAAAAAACUUGAGUCACACACCCUUUUUAUUCGAUUUCGGUCUCCUUUUUUUUCAUUCAUUCUUUACUACGUACGCAAGUCAGAUAUCGAUUUCAUGGUGUCUCCAAACCGGAAUUGAUUGCAUGUCUCCUGCCCAGCAGGCCAGGAUUCCUCGCCGCUCCCAUUUUCAUUCUUUCGUGUCGCAGCAAAAACAACCCAACACAGCUAAAACAUCAUGCUACCAAUUUUUUUUGUUUCCAACAAACAACGAUAGCCUUUUUCUUUUCUUUUUCCGACGUGGCUUACAGCCAUGAAAGACAAAGGCCGAUGAAAAAAGUGGUGCAAAUCAGGCAAAAAGGGGGAAACUCUCUCCUUUUCUCCUCCUAAAAAGUGAAAACCAGCAAGAUUUGCUUCUUCGUUCAACACAUCAAAAGGAGGAGGCCAACCUGUUCUUAGUCCUCGCAAAAUCUUACCUUUUUUUUUUAUUUGUUCUUUUGAUAGAAAAGUAAUUAUGCCAGCCGGUGGUUAAUGUGACGUAGAUGGUAAGUAUAUAUAUAUGUACAGCUAAUUGGAGCUGCAGUAAAAUGUACGGGUGAUAAUGUUAUCGACUUAUUCUAUCAAUAAUUCGAGUUGUUGGGAGAGGUUAAUGCUUGUGAUCUCAAUGAAGUAGUUUUAGAGAUGACAUCGGGUCGAGGACAGAUAGUGCGUAUCCAUUAUCCUACCAAUGAUGUUCUAGUUCUACUCAUUAUCACACAAGACUCGGGUAGAAAAUUAAAAUCACGUCCAUGCCCGUUCUUGUUCCGAGUAUUAACAAUUAUCAAUAGAUAACGAUUUACCUUUUCGAGUAACCAACAUGUUAACAUUUACACAUAUACUGAAAAUACAUGAGAAGAAAAGUACGGCAGUGUAAUGAAGAAAACUAGUUAUUAACUACAUAAUUUUAUUAAAAAUAUUAUAUAUGCAUAAUAAAUAGCAAAUAUGUUAAGAAAAAUAAUGAUCAUUUCUAAACAAAAUACACAUACAUGGGUAUAAUCAGCCGGGUUCGGGUUUGAUAGUGAGAAAAAUAUGUCUAUCCAUUACCCGCAAUAUUUGGAUUCAGGUUUUACCCGUACCCACUGAAAAUCCUUCGGGUUUGGGUUUUACCUUACUCAAUUCAAUUAGGUUGGAUUCGGGUGGGUAUCCACGGUUUAAGAUAUUUUUGUCAUCCCCAAGCAGCUCUGAUACAUGUCAUAAACCAACUUGUCCCAAUAAUUUGAGUUGUUGGGU